ACAGGCUGGUACUGGGGUUCGAUCUCAGUGGGUGAAGCUCGGGAAGCUCUGCUGAUGAAGCCUGAAGGCACAUUCCUUUUGCGAGACAGCAGUCACCCUCAGUACAUGCUGGCCCUGUCGGUAAAGACUCGCUGUGGACCUACCAGUGUUCGAAUAAAGUACACCAGGGGUGCCUUCUGGUUGGACUCCGUUUCCCCUGACUUGCCUCACCUGCAGUCCUUCCCAGAUGUCCUCAGCCUCAUACAGCACUACACUGGUUCAGGCCACAUACCACAGGACCAGGCGUCUAAUGACAUUCACUCCAAAACAAAGCCUGACUCUGUCCAACACUCUGCUAGAGGCAACGGAGUCCCUCUAAAGCUCAUGUACCCCCUACACAAACCACAGGCCUUCCCUUCUUUGCAGCACCUGGCACGCCUCACCAUCAACAGACACAUGAAACAUCUGGACCAGCUGCCACUCCCACAGCGUCUGCUGCACUAUCUGCAGGACUACCCUUUCCAUAUCUGAGGGUCUCUGUCCCUCUGACACGUGACACAGAGACAGGAACAGGUCACAUUCCAGGACCAGAAACUGUGAACCUGGGACAGUCUGACACCCCAGAGACUGGACAAAAGG